CAGUUUUGAAAUCCGGCGUUUUUUUAGUAAUCAUGUUCACGUAGACCAUGAUGCAGAGUGGGGUUUGGUUGCAUCAUGAGGGGAGGUAGCCGUGGCCAAUUGGCGUUGCCAAAGACGUAACCCGUCCAUGCUCGAAUCAGCUGGUCCACCCAGCCAGAAGAAUGAUGCCAUCGCCCAUCGCACGUCAUCCACCGGCGCAGCGCGACGCGUUGCUGGCUGGGAGCGAUGCGUAACUGCCAUUGACGUGUGGCGAGGCAUCGCGUGGCGUCACUCCCCUUGGUAUUAUGGCAUGUAGUGUAGUGUCCUUCCCCUAUUUCUCCGUCCCACCUAUAGAAUCCCUUCUUCCUAACCAUUUCCCACUCGCUCUCUCUCUGUCUGAUAUCUGAUCACAUAGCAAGGGAAGUACGCGAAGGAGAUGAAGCAGGCGAUCCCGUAUAGCAGCGGGACGGCGUGGGCGCCGCGGAGCGACGACGGGGGAGCGAUCAACGGCGGGAGGCAGCCGGUGGAGCCGACGGGGAUGGCGGCUCGUUGCGCCGCCAGCGGGGGCGACAUAAGGAGGAUGGUGGAGGAGAACCGGGUGGUGGUGGUGGGGCGGCGCGGGUGCUGCAUGGUGCAUGUGGUGAGGAGCCUGCUGCUGGGGCAGGGGGUGAACCCGACGGUGUGCGAGGUCGGGGAGGACGCCGACGAGGCCGCGCUUAUCGGGGAGCUGCCGACGGAGAUGGUCGCCCGCUGCGGCGGGGACGGUGGGGCCCACCUCCGGCGGCAGGGGAUGGCGCUUCCGGCUGUGUUCGUCGGGGGGAGGCUGGUUGGGGGGCUGGACCGGCUCAUGGCCGUCCACAUCUCCGGCGAGCUCGUCCCGAUCUUAAAGCAAGCGGGUGCGUUAUGGCUCUGAAUCCUGGCCGUCAUGUUGUUUGAUUCUGGAGUCUCACUUUCGCUGUCCUUUUCUUCUUCUUCUUCCUCUUCCUUUCUUUCGGAAUAUAACGUUAAUUUCCGUGUAGUUUACGGCUUGAUAGCUCGUAUCCGUGUACCUACAUAUCUGUGGGCCAGAUGGGCGUCGGAGUUGUAACCUAGUGGAAGACUCGCACAAUUUUAAUUCCAAUUUCUUUCAGUUUUUGUUACAAAGCAAUAUUUAAUUUUGCUGGGUUAACUAUGCCCCACGCUUGCAAUAAUAAGGAAGGUACACAAGAUGACGCUCUUA